UUGUUGUAUAGGUUAAAUUUUUGUUUAACUGAAAUAACACAAAAAUAGUUUCUCUAUAGAACUGCGAGUUAGUAAAAUCAUGUCUGUUCCUCCUAGAGGAGCCGCCGCGAGCGGAAAUGACUUUCCCUUGGAAGCCCUAAAAGUUCACGGUCCAAAUUACUUGAAGAACGCCCUAACCAGUUGUACAGAUCCACUGAAAGCAAUAGAAGAAUUUCAGGUCACCAACGGUAUUCUACUACCUUCUCUCAGGCCCAUGUUGCCCUUACUCGACUUGCACGGAGUCAGGCGAUUGGACUUUCACAUGUCAGUUGUCGAGGAACUAAGAGAGAAACUAACCAGCCACAUCAACGACAUCGGCAAGCAGGACGGAAAGGAACGGGACCAGAAGCUCCGCGAGCUGCUCGUCAAGAGUUUUCCCGUCAUCAGAGUGAAAGCGAUGCGCCCCAUCGUAAUGGCGAUCCUAAAAAACAUACCCCAAAUCGACGAUCACUAUUUGAAAGUCAUCGUCAGAGACAGGGAAUUGUAUUUGGACACCGACACCGAAGUGAAGCGGCAAAUCUGGAAGGACAAUCAAUCGCUGUUCGGCGACGAGGUCUCGCCUCUACUCAGCCAGUACAUCAGCGAAAAGGAGAACGUGCUGUUCGAUCACGCCAAUCUAGCCACCCAAUUCUUCGGGCCGUCCCCUAAAGUACGCAGGCAAGGUGAGGUAGUGCAAAAGUUGGCUCACAUGAUAGGCAACAGCAUCAAACUCUACGAUAUGGUGCUGCAAUUUCUUCGCACGCUCUUCCUGCGAACGAGGAUAGUGCAUUAUUGCACCCUCCGGGCCGAGCUGUUGAUGGCUCUGCACGAUCUCGAAGUGCAAGACAUCAUAUCGAUCGAUCCCUGCCACAAAUUCACUUGGUGUUUAGACGCUUGCAUAAGAGAGAAAAACGUAGAUAUAAAACGUUCGAGGGAACUACAGGGAUUCUUGGAUAACGUGAAAAGGGGACAAGAGCAGGUUUUGGGAGACCUAUCGAUGACUCUGUGCGAUCCGUACGCUAUAAAUUUCCUGGCUACCUCGGCUAUUAAGAUACUCCAGCAUCUCAUACACGUCGAGGGAAUGGCUAGGGAUAACACGAUAUUGAUACUGCUGUUGAGGAUGCUGGCGCUCGGCCUGAGCGCUUGGGUGAUGAUCGAUUCGCAGGAUUUCAAAGAACCGAAACUGGACAGCCAGGUGGUGACGAAGUUCCUUCCCGCUUUGAUGUCUCUGAUGGUGGACGAUCAAGUGAGACAAUUGAGCUCGAAGUUGCCGCACGACGAACGCGAAGCCGCCAUCACCGUUAUAGAACAUUCGGGGCCUCUGCCCGACGCCGUAGAAGCCUAUUUGCAGGAUAGCACGGUGGCUAGUGUAUUGGCUAUGUACUAUACGUUGCAUGUAGCUAGAUUGAAAGAUCGCGUUGGUUUGUUGCGAAUAUUAACAGUACUAGCUAAUUGUAAAGAUGAUAGAUCGUUCGAGGAUCCAUUUUUACACUCUUUCGUGUGUUUGUUGAUACACAACGCAGACGAAUUUCAAGCCGAGGAUUUCUGUACGGCGCUGUUCGACGAAUUUUUCUUCGCCGGUCUAUCGAGGGACAACGUGACGAGGCACCUGUUGAAGUUGCUGUGGUACGUGCAACACAAGUUGCCGAGCAGCAGGUUGCAUUCGCUGAUGAAGGCGCUGCAGCCGAGCCAUCAGCACAGCGAGAAGGUGCACAAUUUGUACAAGUUGCUGCAGGAGAAGAUCGCUUCGCAGGAGGAGACCGUCAUACCGCCCGAGAUGGAUGUCGACGUGAAUUCGCCGUUGAUGAACGUUCCUACUCCGGCUCCUUAUCAUCAUACGUUGUGAAUUGUCGACGAUGAGUAUAAUUGUUGUGUGAUACAUUCGUUUUGGAAUGUUUUAUUGUAUUUAGGAAAUAAAUUUUU